CAGUGUUGUCAGCCAUGAGCCCCUACUUCAGAAGUGUGCUGCAAAACAACCCAAGUCCUCACCCCAUUAUCAUCAUGCCUCUGGACAUGCGGUUUGAGGAUCUGAAAGGAAUUAUUAAUUAUAUAUAUGUGGGUGAGAUAAUAGUACCAACUGAGAAUAUGUUCUCACUAUUUAAGGCAGCUCGAGUUCUUCAAAUUUCUGAUUUUUCCACCAUUGAUGCCACUGGCUUAAGCAGACCUGGUGCAUCUUCAUCAUCCAGUAACACACAGUUCACACAUAAUGUUGAGACAGCCACACCAACUGGAACACUAGAUAUUGAUGAAACAGCCACACCAACUAGAACACCAGAUAUAGGUGAUACAGCCACACCAACUAGAACCAACCAGUCCUGAUGGAGUAAGGGCCUGUACAAGGAGAAAGGAUGAUAUUAAUAAGAUACAGUCAUCUAAUAGAAUUCAAAAGUGCACAGUAUCAUCUGCCACUGACCAUCUGGACAAAAGUCAGAAACAUAUACACAUUUGGGCAAACUAUACUGCAGUGGACACUGAAGACCCAUUAGAU